CCAGUCUGGCUAAAUCAUUCACCAUGUUGGUCCAUUCUCUUCUCUGUCUAUUUAUUACAAGUAAUUUGUAUUCAGUUCAUGGUCAAAAAAUCGUCAGCCCGAAUGUUAUAGAGGAGGGAGGAACUUUUACUGUGACAUGUGGCGCGUCACAUGCUGGUGUUCCAACAACCGCUUCAACUGUUGUGUCUUUGGCCAUAGGAUGGGCAGCUGGUACAACAUUACCAACAACCAUUGCGAGAUACAGGCUGUUUUCGACACCAUACACUACUUCCUUUCCCCCGCAAACAUCACCCGCCAGAAAUUGGACUUUUAACUUUAGUGGAAGCCAACAAGGAAAAUCAAGUACACCAAACAACAGGAACACGAUGAAAAUAGAAAUGGUGGUCUAUGAUGCUAAAUGUACAGAUGCUGGCUUGUUUUACUGUAACGCUACAUACUUCAGUCCAGUGGGUGAUAUAUUAUCAACAUAUCAGUCUCAGAAUGUCACCAGCAUCACCCGAGCAGUCCCUAUGUCCCUGGUGUUAGUGCCCCAGUAUGAAGAUGGACUGGGCCCAUACGCGUCAGUCAAUCCUGCAGGGUCUGAUGUUACUCUAAUCUGUAAUGUUAAUGGUCCGAAACAACUAACCUUUACCUGGAAGUACGGCCUUUCUAGCUCUGAGGUCAACAGUUUCACGCCAUAUCCUGUACAAAACGAUAUAUCAGUUGCUGAACCUGUUCAAAUCAGUUCUGGGACAACCUGUGUCCAGUACCGUCAUACGUCAACCCUGAAGUUUCAAACAGAAGACAUGUAUGAUGGCUACAUGUAUGUGUGUGUGGCUACAGAAAACAAUGAAGACACAAUUGUUGGGAACAUCACGAUAUACAUUGAACAAGUUCAUGGUCAAAAAAUCGUCAGCCCGAAUGUUAUAGAGGAGGGAGGAACUUUUACUGUGACAUGUGGCGCGUCACAUGCUGGUGUUCCAACAACCGCUUCAACUGUUGUGUCUUUGGCCAUAGGAUGGGCAGCUGGUACAACAUUACCAACAACCAUUGCGAGAUACAGGCUGUUUUCGACACCAUACACUACUUCCUUUCCCCCGCAAACAUCACCCGCCAGAAAUUGGACUUUUAACUUUAGUGGAAGCCAACAAGGAAAAUCAAGUACACCAAACAACAGGAACACGAUGAAAAUAGAAAUGGUGGUCUAUGAUGCUAAAUGUACAGAUGCUGGCUUGUUUUACUGUAACGCUACAUACUUCAGUCCAGUGGGUGAUAUAUUAUCAACAUAUCAGUCUCAGAAUGUCACCAGCAUCACCCGAGCAGUCCCUAUGUCCCUGGUGUUAGUGCCCCAGUAUGAAGAUGGACUGGGCCCAUACGCGUCAGUCAAUCCUGCAGGGUCUGAUGUUACUCUGAUCUGUAAUGUUAAUGGUCCGAAACAACUAACCUUCACCUGGAAGUACGGCCCUUCUAGCUCUGACGUCAACAGUUUCACGUCAUAUCCUAUACAAAACGAUAUAUCAGUUGCUGAACCUGUGCUGGUCAGUUCUGGGAAAACAUGUGUUCAGUACGGUCAUACGUCAACACUAAAGUUUCAAACAGAAGACAUGUAUGAUGGCUACAUGUAUUUGUGUGUGGCUACAAAAAACAAUGAAGACACAAUUGUUGGGAACAUCACGAUAUACAUUGAACCAGCAACUCCGGCUACGUUUGAUUCACCCUCUGAUUCUGUAGGCUGGGGAUUGGACGCAGCCCCAGGACUUGUUCCAGGAACGCUGAUCACAGUUUUUAAAUUAACCACACUUGUUUUUGUUUCUUUUUCUCUUUAGACCUAACUUCUUAUAUUUGUGUUAUUAUGAAAGUUUGACCCUUGUUGGUUUUAUGUUUGUGAAAUAUAGGCCAUGCUGUUUUUUUUUUUAAAUAUUCUUUUUAUCAAUAUCUAGUAUUUUUAUUAAACAGAGUGCUAUUGUAUGUGUUAAUAAUAUAGUAACUUUUCCGGACAUGAUGAUUAAUAGUAGAGUUCAUCUAUGCUUUGAUCAUGGCAUAUGAGUUAGGUACCGACCAGAGCUGGGUAGACUCAAGGACGUCCUCUGUAUUUCCGAGAUCUGAACUCGAGAGUGUCGGGUUAGCAGUCGAGCGCUCUACCGCUCUGCCAUAGUUCAUGACCACUCCAUCAAAUCUAAGGAAUGAAAUUUUCGUAUCGUCUGCUUAUUAUUUUUUUAGAUUUUAAAAUAUUAUUGUUAUGGAGGAUGUUUUAUAUCUAUCUACAUUAACUAUGAGUUACAAUUAUUUUUAUUGGGAUUUGAAUCUUUUAUUUUAAAACAAUUAGAAUAAUAUUUUUUCUUUCCGUUUUUUUUUAAUAAACUCAACACCCUAUUCAAAUAAAUAUGUUUGCUCUAAAAAUCUGUAAGCACCUUAUGAUUUUUAAUUGAGAUGAAAAUUAUUUAUUACUUUUUACCAUUGUGGAAUAUUUGAACGUAAUCAGUUUAAAGAGGUAGUUUACUUUCUAAUCGUAACUAUGCGAUGUUUAAAAAUUAAUGCGAUAAUAUUAUUUACUUUACACAAAUUCCUGUAAACAUGUAUUGUUUAGGCAAAUCUGAAGACAAUUUUU